CAUUUCAUGCAUUUUCUGUGUUGGCAUCUCUCUCAUGCAGUUAUUGCUGUGAACUCCCUUUUAGCGUACUGCAAUUUCAUCAGACUUCCACUUCUCCUAACCUUUUCCCUCCACUCUUUCUCAUAUAUUUUUCCUGAUUCUCUCUCCUAGGGUUUCGACAACUCUUUGCAAUUGCAAACCAUCUCAUCCUCUGUUUAUCUUCAAAACGUUCAAAUUUCCAUGGAUUCCUUCAUAAUGUCGAGAUUGAAGAGUGAGAAAGACGAAAUUACUCUGAAAUUCGACAAAGCAAUUAUGGAAAACAACAUUUUAACGAAACAAUUGGAUCAAUUGAACAAAGAUCACGGCGAGUUGCUACUCAACAACAAGGAAGCUCAGUUUCAACUCACUGAGUCAGUGAACGAGUGCGAAGAUUUAAGAAAAAAACUAGGUCUCGCAAAUCAAGAGUUUGAGAGGGUGAAGGACGAGUAUGAGGAGAAAAUUAGGGAUUUUACGAGCGAAAUCAAGAUUUUGAAGAAGCAAAAUGUGCAUUUGAGUGAGGAGAACGAGAGUUUAGAAGAAAAAUUAAGGGAUUGUAAGCUGCAAAUUGAGGGUUUCAAAAGGAAAAUUAUGAGAUUGGAGGAGGAGAUUGAGGAAAUUGGGAAGAGAGAGAAAAAAGUUUUGGAGAAGCUGAAAAAAGCGGAGGAUGACAGAGUAGAAAACUCGAGGCUUUCAAUGAAGAAUUCCAAGUUAGAGAGGGAUUUAGGUGGUGUUGUUGCUGCUGCAAGUGAUCGAUUUAGGAGGUUUGAGAAGCGGGUGUCUGAAUUGGAACGAGUUGUUGCUAAUUUGAACGCCGAUUAUUCCGGUUCACAACUGGUUGAAAAUACUCACCUGAUGCAAGAGCAGGAGAGUUGUGGGCCUGAAGCAAAACAUCAAGGGCUUGUUGGUGCGCCAUCUGUUCAUGAAACAACAGCCAUGGAAGAGAAGACGGCUUCGUCAAUGCCAAGUCCAAAAGCGCUAAAUGCAACACCUCUGAAGGGCCGCCUAGAGAGUUUUGAGUCUGACGCAAGACCUGCAGACGAGAAAUCAGCUUCUUCUAUGCCUUCGGCUCACAAAUCUCCAUCAGAAGUUCCUUGCUUUGUCGACUUGUGUAGUUCUGAUGAUGAUGAUGGUGAACAACCUUCGCGAAAAGGACUUAAAAGGAAGCUACCAUAUGAUGAAUCUGGAAAUUCAAACAGAAAUUGGGAUUAUGAAGCUGAUAUCCUUGAAGAUCUGCGGAAGGAUACUGAACUUUGCAUGGAAGGAAUUUGUGCUCUAUAUAGACAGCAUAUGCUUUAUGGUCUCAGAGAAACAAAUUUGGCCAAGUUUCUUAUAGAUGAAGAUGCAAAAGGAAGGUUAAAAAAGACGCUUGUUGAUUUGGAGAAGCAUGAUGCGAAUGGAGCAGAUAAUUGCAGAAGAAUAGCCCUGUCUCGCUCCAAGCAGCUAUUUGAUAUAUACAAGAAUGGGAAAGAUCCGCUCUUUGCUGACAUUGUUCUCUGUCAGAAAACAAUCAUGUAAACCUCUUCAGUCGGUUUCAUAGCUCUGAACUCGGAGUCUUGCCUGAAAUUCUCUACCGUGUUGAUGAAUGUUAGGGAGCUGCUGUCUUAAAUAUCCAGAAGAUAUGUAAAUAAAAGGCUCCUUUUUAUCUUUAGGCUAUAUAAUUUAAGUUAGUCAAUAGUUAUGGUUGCGUAUGAUGCUGCAAUAGGUUGCAAGCAACAAUUUUGUUAUCUGAGAGGCUUGUAGUCUUCGUAAGUUCGUAGUCGUGCCUGGAGUGCUGAAUUACGUAAAUGAAUGCAACGAGUUGACGGAUACGCAUAGUUCUCUGUGUGGCAGUAACUUUGUAUGAAUGAGGAAACUAAAGUGGGUGUUUAUUGUAAUUAUUUACCCCUUUUGACAGAAUUCCAACUAAGAACUAAUAUUCAGUGAAUUGUGUAAUCACUGUAUUGUGAAUAUUGAUCAUGCUUUAUUUAUAAUCAUUGUUUUCUUUUAA